AUGUGCAAAACCUGGGGCAUCAAAUACUCCUGCUCGCACACCUUCUACUUCCACCUCAGCCGCUGCAGAGGCACCAUCUCCAGUCGUCGGUGCGCCCCGUUCACAACCACCAAGAGCAACAGCGACGCUUUCCGCAAACCCGCCUGCUCAGCAACGCCGACUCUCACCAUCUACCCCAAAUCUCCAUGCGGACCGUGUCAACGCGCCGAGUUGGAGGCCGCAAGCGAGGCGAAGGUCGAGGAUGCGCGCGCCCGGGCUCAACGAGGGGAGGGCGGGGCUAUGGAUGAGGUGACUAGGAUUCUGGACGAGAGGGAACGCUUGCUGUUCUGUGUGACGCGGCGGUUUCCGGGGUCGCAGUCGUUCAAGGAAUUCCGGCGGCCGGAGAACGGGCUGCGAGGCAGGGAGCUGGGGGGUUCGAGGUUGAGGGUUGUGGUUUCGGCUGCGGAUGAGGAUGAGGAUGAUGUCUGGUUGGAUGGAGAGUCUUACGUCGGGGCUGAGAAUGAGAGUCGCGAAACGCAGGCCUGGAUUGAUGAUUGGGCUGGUGGUUGGUCGACGCCGCAUGCUGAUCCUCUGCCGGGGCUGGCUUCUACGACGGAAAGCGAGGAGGCCGAGGGGGUGAAGGAAUGUUGGAACGGUGAUUCCGAGCGGAAGGAGGAUGCGAAGCCAUCGAUCAUACGCGACAAAGAGUCGGUCCAAGAAACGAAAGAGGUGGAUAUUGAUCUGCUCAAUAGCUUUCAGUUCGUGCGGCUUGGAGUCAUGGUCGGGUCAUAG